AUGACGACGACGGUCGAGCUCGCCACGGUGCCGACGGCCGACACGCCGGGGACCUGCAUAUACGUACACCACGAGAAGCGCUCCUACGUCUUUGGCCACGUCGCCGAGGGCACCCAGCGCGCCUUCUCCUGCCGCAAGCUGCACCUCGGCGGCACCGAACACGUCUUCCUCUCCGGCGCCGUCGGCUGGUCGCAGAUGGGCGGCCUGAUCGGCUACCUGCUCAGCAUCGGCGGCGCGUUCGACGCCGCCAAGGAGUUCCGCGCCACCGAAAACUCGAAGCGCGCCGAAAAGGGCCAGAAGCUGCUGCGCCAGCUUCGCAACGACGGCGUCACCGUCCACGGCGCCGACAACCUCUGCCACAUCCUCGCCUCGGCGCGGCCUGUCAUCUUUCGCCAGCCCGUCGCCGUGCGCGCCCUGGAGCACAGGGAGGACCCGCGCGGCGCGGACCCGACGCUCACGGCGCCGGACUGGGAGGACGAAUCGAUCCGAGUUUGGAAGAUUCCUGUUCGGAGGGAGCGCUCUAGUAGUCCGACCAAGCGUCGACGUAGCGACAGCGCGUCCAGUAACUCGAGCAGCAGCAGCUUGUACAAGCCUGCCUCUACGCCGUCAGAUCCCGCUGUGGCGGGCCUGGUCAUGGAAAAGAUCAUGUUCACCGGCAGCCAUGAUAAAAUUACCAUGGCCCUCAAGAGUAUUGACGAGCUGACACCGGAGGACGAGGCUAUCAUAUUAGACGGCAAUAGCAUGCGACGGUACAACGGCUCACUCGGCGCCGAUGCGCUUAAGUCUGUCAGCAGCGCAGCCAAGGCGUGGGUGUUUCCCGACGCCGACGCCGCGCCCCCCAAGGGAGAAAUGGAGGGCAUCAACGCCAUUUCCAACGGCGCGCUGCCGCGGACGUCGUACUCUGAGAUUUCCAUGAGUUACAUCAUCAAGUGUCAAGAUCGUCGCGGCAAAUUCAACGCUCAGGCGGCUAAGGAGCUUGGUGUGAAACCGCAGAGCUUCAAGCUCUUGACUGCUGGUGAAACAGUAACGACAGACGAGGGCACGGUAGUCACGCCGGACAUGGUUCUCGGGGAGCGUCAGCCUGGCAAAGGCAUCGCUGUCGCCGACAUUGGCAGCCGUGACUUCCUGGACGCCUUCUUUGAGCGUCCAGAGUGGACAAAUGCUGAACUCAUGUCUGAAAUAACCUCCAUGUACUGGAUUCUUGGCGACGGUCUCGCGUCGAACCCCAAGAUUCAGAAAUACAUGGCUACUCACCCGAAAAUCAAGCACAUCCUCUGCUCUUCCAGCACAUGCCCGAACAUGGUCAGCAAUGCCAGCUCAGCUGAGAUGCUCGCCAAGCUGCGCCGCAUCGACCCCGAGCGCUUCCCCUUCGUCUCCUUCGACAACACCGUCGACUUUCAAACCCCCGAUGACCCCUCCUCAUCUAUCGAGCUCGGUAGAGCGGGCCACAAAAUCCAAAUCAUGCCACGACUGCUCUACAAAGAUGACGCCAUCGCCCCAUUCCCCGACCUGCAGCUGGCCUACAACUCCGUCGACGAGGAGGCCCUCGCGCUCGCGCAGCAGGCCCGGGCCAAGGCCACUGACCCGGCCUUUCUCGCGCGCAUCGAGCAGCAGGAGGCCGACAUCCCCAGCCGCGACGCGGAAAUCAUCCCUCUCGGCACCGGCUCCAGCGUGCCCAACAAGCACCGCAACGUGUCCGCCACGCUGAUCCGCGUGCCCGGAAUCGGCACCUACCUGCUUGACUGCGGCGAGGGCACGCUCGGCCAGAUCCGGCGGCUGCUCGGCCGCGAGGGCGCGGCCGAGCUGCUGCGCGACCUGCGCUGCAUCGUCGUCAGCCACCUGCACGCCGACCACCACAUGGGCGUGGCCACCGUCGUCAAGGCGUGGUACGAGCAGACGCUCGCCGACGGCAGCAGCGACCGACUGCUCGCCAUCAGCUGCAUCGGGCGGUACCGCGCCGUGCUGCAGGAGAUUUCGCAGGUCGAGGACAUUGGCUUCCACCGGCUGCGCUUCCCGAGCUGCGGCCCGCGCGGCGACCGCGAUCUCACCACCGCCGAGGACCUGGCCGCACUCGGCGCCGCGGACUCGUUCGGCCUGCGCGGCAUCAAGCGCGUGCCCGUCGCGCACUGCUGGCGCGCCUACGCCACGGAGCUGGAGCUCGCGGCGCCGUCCGGCCUGCGCGUCGCCUGGUCCGGCGACUGCCGCCCGUCGAGCCGCUUCGCGCGCGCCUGCCGCGGCGCCCACCUGCUCGUCCACGAGUGCACCUUUGGCGACGACAUGCAGGACCACGCGCGGUACAAGAUGCACAGCACCAUGGGCGAGGCGCUCGAGGUGGCCCGGGAGAUGCGCGCCCGCCGCGUGCUGCUCACGCACUUCUCGCAGCGCUACGGCAAGGCCGACGCCCUGCAGCCGGUGGUGGGCGGGGAGGACGGGGAGGAAGGGGAGCAGUCGGUGCUGUUGGCGCACGAUCUGAUGCGUGUCAAGCUCGGGGACUUUCAAAAGGCGGCGUGCUACAUCCCGGCCGUUGCGCAGGUCUUGGCCAAGACGGCCGAUGCCUAG